AUGGCGAAAACGAUGUUGUUCCUGAGUAUAUUUGCGAUUGUAUUAUGCAACGUUGCGUUCGGAAGGAUUGUGAAUAAAAGGAAAUGUCCAGAAGUACGUGCCGUACCUCACUUUGACUUGUCUCAGAUGUUGGGCGAUUGGUUCGUGGUGGAGUACUACGCAAGCGCAGAAGAAGCGUUAUCUUACAGCUGCAUGAGAGCCGUAUUCACAGAGGAUGAUCAUGUACAAGCUGCAGACGGAUCCGUAGAAUGGACGCCGGGUGUAACGAUGAACUUCACUUACCGCUUCGCCGACGAUCCGCUGGGCGAGAACUUGCUCGGCAACAUAACUUGGCGGGUGGACUUGAACGAGCCCGCGCACUGGACCCAUUCGGAGCUCACUUAUGACGGCGUUUACAACACUUACGUACUUGACACGGAGUACAAAACCGUGGGCGCUCCUCCUGCACUGCGCGGAACAAAGAGAGGGUGCACGCUAUUUGAGCGCGUUCAUAUUAUCCCGGAAGACGACCCUGCC